AUGCCAUUCUUACAUGAGAGGAUGCUUAUUAUGCAAGUCUCCUUGGUAAUGGCGGCGGCCGCGGCUACAGCAGCUCAAUUAGCUUUACCAAACUGCCCGGACAAGUGCGGAAAUGUCACAAUUCCAUACCCAUUUGGCGUUACUGAAAAGUGUUCCAUGGGACGUAAUUUUUCCAUCAGUUGCGCGACUAACAAGACAGCAUUCUUGGGGACAAGCAACAUUUCUGUUACCAACAUAUCCGUGGAUCUCGGUGAGAUCCAAGUACAGCAGUAUAGGGCCCAUGACUGCUACUACGAGCUGGGCCGUUGGUACAACACCCCGAAGUUAUGGGUGGCUCCUCCUUACACCAUUUCCGGUACCAAAAACAAGUUCAUGGCCGUUGGUUGCGAUACUUAUGCAACUUUUAGAGGCUACCGUGCAAACCAAGAAAGAGUCAUCACCGGUUGCAUGUCCUUGUGUGACAGCCUCAACAGUGUUGAGCAAGAUUCUUGUUCUGGCAUCGGGUGUUGCCAAACUUCCAUCCCCGACGGUCUUAAAAAUCUUACUGUGACGUUGGGAAGCUAUUACAAUCAUACGUAUAUUAGGGGCUUUAACCCCUGCAGCUACGCCUUUGUUGUGCAAGAAGGCCACUUCAGAUUCUCCAAUACAAGUUUUCAACUACUCAAACACACAGAGCAGCUUCCAAUGAUCCUUAACUGGGAAAUUGGAAAUGAAACAUGCGAUGCAGCUCAAGAGGCGACCCAGAAUUCUUUAUGCAAGGCACAUAGCAAGUGUGUCAAACCCAAUAAUCGCUCUACAGGUUACAUUUGCCAGUGCUUGCCAGGUUAUGAAGGGAACCCUUACCUCCCCAAUGGUUGCCAAGAUAUUGAUGAGUGCAAGGCUUCAAACUCCUGCAGUAUUGGAGUGUGCGUAAAUUCCCCUGGAGGUUAUUCUUGUCAAUGUCCCAAAGGGUAUAAAAACGACGGCAUGAAUCCGAAGAGUUGCAACAAAGACUAUCGAUCAAAGACCAUUCUCCUGCUUAUCAUUUCAUUAGGUGUCAGCACAGGGUUAUUGAUUUUGCUGGGGGCAAUUUCAUGGUUAUAUUGCGGUCUGCAAAGAAGAAAGUUCAUCAAACUCAAAGAAAAAUACUUUAAAGAAAAUGGUGGUUUAUUGUUAGAACAACACCUUGCUAGCCAAGGAGGCUCUAUGGAGACAACCAGGAUCUUUACAGAAGAAGCACUUGAAAAGGCCACAAACAAUUACCAUGAAAGUACAGUGCUUGGUGAAGGAGGCUAUGGAACUGUUUACAAAGGAAUAUUAGCAGAUAACGAAGUGGUUGCCAUAAAGAAGUCCAAAAUUGGUGCCUCAACCCAGAAGGAGCAGUUUGUUAAUGAGAUGAUUGUUCUUUCUCAAAUCAACCAUAGAAAUGUGGUGAGGCUAUUGGGUUGCUGUUUAGAGACACCAGUUCCUUUACUAGUUUAUGAGUUCGUCACCAAUGGCACUCUUUUCGCCCACAUUCAUAAUAUAAGGGACAAAAGAUCAUCACUUCCAUGGGACUUAAGAAUGAAGAUAGCAACAGAAACUUCGGGAGCACUAGCAUACUUACACUCCUCCACUUCCAUGCCAAUCAUACACCGGGAUGUCAAAACAACGAACAUACUGUUAGAUGAAAAUUACACAGCGAAAGUGUCAGACUUUGGAGCUUCAAAAUUGAUUCCCGUGGAUCAAACUCAACUAACAACUUUAGUGCAGGGGACACUCGGAUACUUAGACCCCGAAUACUUCCUUUCAAAUCAACUAACGGAAAAGAGUGAUGUUUAUAGUUUUGGAGUUGUCCUAGCAGAGCUACUAACAAGUAGAGUAGCAAUUUGUUUUGACAGGCCUGAGGCAGAGAGAAACCUAGCAAACUUCUUUGUUUGUUCAGUGGAGGAAGAUCGCUUGAAUCAAAUUCUUGACGAUGACAUAGUCAACGAUGGAAAUAUUGAGACUCUGAAAAAUGUGGCCAUUCUCGCUAAAAGAUGCUUGAGGUUACAAGGGGAGGAAAGGCCUACAAUGAAAGAGGUAGCCUUGGAGCUAGAAGGCAUGAGAAUUAUGGCAAAACAUCCAUGGGGGAAAGCUGAUUGUCCAGAAGAGACUGAGCACUUGCUUGGUUCAGGCAAGUCAGAUGCUUAUCGUGUGGAUGAUACAGCAGCAGAUUGUGGUCAUGCUAGUGGUACAAGUAGUGGAUAUGACAGCAUGCAAAUCCAGAUGUUAACGUCGUAUGGUGAUGGGCGAUAA